AUGUCUCGUCCUAUUGUAUUUUUCGACAUCGCAGUCAACGGCACCCCUCAGGGCCGCAUCGUUUUCGAGCUCUUCGCUGACGUCACACCCCGGACGGCUGAGAACUUCCGCGCCCUUUGCACCGGUGAGCGUGGAUUUGGAUAUAAGGGAAGCAGCUUCCACCGCGUGAUCCCCCAGUUUAUGCUCCAGGGCGGUGAUUUCACCCGUGGCGAUGGUACCGGUGGACGUUCCAUCUACGGCGAGACAUUCCCCGACGAGAACUUCCAGCUGAAGCACGAAAUUCCUGGUCUUCUGUCUAUGGCCAAUGCCGGUCCUGGCACUAACGGCUCUCAAUUUUUCAUCACCACCGUCGUUACUGAUUGGCUCGAUGGAGCCCACGUUGUCUUUGGACGUGUUAUUGAGAACAUGCAGUUGGUUAAGAGCAUUGAAUCUCUUGGAUCUAACUCGGGUCAACCUCGCGCACCUGUCCAGAUCAUCGAGUGUGGUCAACUUCAGUGA